AAGGAAAAAAGAAGAGAAAGAGGAGCCAUACUUGAUACUUCCCUCGUUUUUCUUUCGUUCUCCAAAUCUAUAUAAAGCAUAAGCAUUGGUGCAUUGCUUUCAACGUUUACUUCAACCCACCCAUCAAAUCCACACACCUCACCUUGUAACAAAAGAACCUCUCUCUCAAAACCAGACACUCCACAAACAUAUAAAACUCUUUGUCCCCUUUAUCUCUUCUCAAACUUCAAAUGAAUGAACAAAACUGAGGGAAAGUAAACAAACAUAGCAAGAGUUUUGAUGAUGAUGAUGAUGAUGAUGAUGAUGGAGAAUUUAAUAGGUAAGAGAAAGUUUCAUGGGGUGGUGUUAAUGUUGUUGUGCUUGUGGGUUUGUAGUGUCACAGCCUCUGUGACUUAUGACCACAGAGCAAUUGUUGUUGAUGGAAAGAGAAGAAUUUUGAUAUCUGGCUCCAUCCAUUAUCCAAGAAGCACACCUCAAAUGUGGCCGGACCUUAUUCAAAAGGCCAAAGAUGGAGGCAUUGAUGUUAUUCAGACCUACGUGUUUUGGAAUGGACACGAACCUUCUCCUGGACAAUACUAUUUCGAGGAUAGAUAUGACCUGGUAAAGUUCGUUAAGCUGGUACAGCAAGCUGGCCUUUAUGUUCAUCUCCGUAUUGGUCCCUACAUAUGUGCUGAAUGGAACUUUGGGGGAUUUCCUGUUUGGCUCAAGUAUGUUCGGGGUAUAGCUUUCAGAACUGACAAUGAGCCGUUCAAGGCGGCAAUGCAAAAAUUCACUACCAAGAUUGUGAGCUUGAUGAAAUCAGAAAGGUUGUUUCAAAAUCAGGGUGGACCAAUAAUUAUGUCCCAGAUAGAGAACGAGUAUGGACCAGUGGAAUGGGAAAUUGGUGCUCCUGGAAAAGCUUAUACGAAUUGGGCUGCUAAAAUGGCCGUAGGUCUAGAUACUGGUGUUCCCUGGGUUAUGUGCAAGCAAGAAGAUGCUCCUGAUCCUGUUAUUGACGCCUGCAAUGGGUUCUACUGUGAAAACUUUAAGCCCAACAAACAGUACAAACCCAAAAUGUGGACUGAGAAUUGGACUGGCUGGUACACUGAUUUUGGUAGUGCAAACCCUCGUAGACCAGCAGAAGACUUGGCAUUCUCAGUUGCAAGAUUCAUACAGAAUGGUGGUUCAUUUGUUAACUAUUAUAUGUACCAUGGAGGAACUAAUUUUGGUCGGACAUCUGGUGGUCUCUUCAUUACCACAAGCUAUGACUACGAUGCUCCCCUUGAUGAAUACGGACUUCAAAAUGAACCAAAAUGGGGGCAUUUGAGAGAUUUGCAUAAAGCAAUUAAACAAUGUGAGCCGGCUUUAGUGUCUACAGAUCCCACAGUGACAUCGCUUGGAUAUAACCUUGAGGCACAUGUGUUUAAGACCUCCGGUGCCAGUGCUGCAUUCCUUGCCAAUUAUGACACAAAAUCUUCUGCAAAGGCUAAAUUUGGAAGUGGACAAUAUGACCUGCCACCUUGGUCUAUCAGUAUUCUUCCUGACUGCAAAACUGAAGUUUUCAACACUGCAAAGGUUGGUGCUCAUAGCUGGCUAAAAAAGAUGACUCCAGUAAACAGUGCGUUUACUUGGCAGUCAUACAAUGAAGAACCUGUCUCAUCCAGUGGACGCGAUUCCAUCGCAGCAGAGGCACUUUGGGAGCAGGUCAAUGUGACCCGGGAUUCUACAGAUUAUUUGUGGUAUAUGACAGAUGUCAACAUUAAUCGUAAUGAAGGAUUUUUAAGGAAUGGGCAAUCUCCUGUUCUUACUGUAAUGUCAGCAGGCCAUGUUCUCCAUGUUUUCAUUAAUGGUCAACUUUCAGGAACUGUGUAUGGGGGAUUGGGGAAUCCCAAGUUAACAUUUAGUAACAAUGUGAAGCUGAGGGCUGGUAAUAACAAGCUUUCUUUACUUAGUGUUGCCGUGGGUCUCCCGAAUGUUGGUACGCAUUUUGAAACAUGGAAUGCUGGGGUGUUAGGCCCAGUCACUCUGAAGGGUCUAAAUGAGGGGACACGAGACUUAUCUCGGCAGAAAUGGUCUUACAAGGUUGGACUGAAAGGUGAAGCCUUGAGCCUUCACACUGUAAGUGGGAGUAACUCUGUGGAAUGGGCACGAGGAUCAUUAGUGGCUAAAAAACAACCUUUGUCAUGGUACAAGGCAACUUUUAGUGCACCAGCUGGCAAUGAUCCAUUGGCUCUUGAUAUGAAUAGCAUGGGAAAGGGUGAAGUAUGGAUAAAUGGUCGGAGCAUUGGUCGCCAUUGGCCUGGAUAUAUAGCACAUGACAAUUGUAAUGGUUGUAAUUAUGCUGGAUUUUAUACUGAUAAAAAAUGCCGCACAAAUUGUGGACAACCCUCUCAAAGAUGGUACCAUGUUCCUCGCUCAUGGUUGAACCCAAGUGGUAACCUCUUGGUUGUGUUUGAGGAAUGGGGAGGUGAUCCUCAUGGAAUCUCUUUGGUGAAAAGAACAUGAAGUGUGCUCAUAUGAUGCUCUCCUAUAAGGACAGCAUUGGCAAGCAAUAUCUGUCUCAUAGCUAAUAUAUAGGAAAUGCAAAGAAGCUCUCGUUUUGAGUCCUAUGCAGAGAAUACUGUGUGCUGCAAUUUACCAAAUAAAUGUGGUUCAGAUCUUAUAAAUUAUGAAGAUCAGUAUAUUAAGUAUUUGAAGUUCAACAUUGAUACCCAUGUCUUCUAGUAGUUACAAGUUUACACCCCAAAAGAUUGGCAGGGCCUAAUCAUGCACUGCCUGGCCAAAAUAAUAUAUGUAUAUAGGAGAGGAAUACAUUGAUUCAUCCAUGUAUUACAGGGCUUGUAUCAAAUCAAGAUUGAGCCCUUACACAUUGCUAUAAAAGGAAAUUAUUGGACACACAAAAUGUGUAGGAAUAUAUAAGAAGCCCCAUGACUGCACUUGCUUCCAAUGGUCACUUUUUUUUAGUUUUUCAAUGGUUCAACAAAAGUUAAAGGAAUUAUUCUGUUGAUAUUACCGAAACAUGGUUAUGUAUAAUUUUCAGUCAAUUUUUACGCUUUUAAAUAUCUGGUACACGAGUGAAGAGUGCAGUAUUCAAGAGAGUUAUUUUUUUAAUAAAUGUUUAUAGUAACUUUUAUAACUU